GUAAGGAAGCUGUGCUCCAAUUGGCUGCUGAUGAACUGUGAUGUCAUCACUGGCUGCUACAAGAGUCCAACUGAUAGCACAUUUAGUCAAUGUGUUUAGCUGAGAGUGCUGUGAGCAUGUAAAAGCAACACUGUUCAGACAAAAUGACCGGAUGAUUAAGAGGUGAAACAAUGUGAGAACACUGUGGGAGACCAGAACACUUUCUGAGAGAAAUACAAUUCAAAAGGAUUUUUAUUUUAUUUUUGGAUAUCUUAUGGGAGUCCAUGAAGAGUGGAAUUAAGUUGGAGGACUCUAAAACACUUUCCUGAUUUUACACAAAGCUCAUGGAGGGGCAGCAUAUACUGAGCAUGGAGAACACCUCCCUGCACAUGAACCUUUCAGCAAGGCUAAAUAAUUCCUCUCCAGUGUCCUUGCCUGGCUUGGAGUACAGCAAAGGAGAGGUGGUCUUAAUUAGCAUCUUAAUGGUGAUUCUGAUUGUAGGCAUUGUCUUCGGCAAUGUGCUGGUCAUCAGUGCUAUUGUAAAAUUCCAGCGUUUGCAGACGGUCACCAACUACUUCAUCAGCUCCUUGGCCUGUGCAGAUCUGGUCAUGGGCCUCAUGGUAGUUCCAUUUGGUGCAUGCUACAUUCUCCUCAACAAGUGGCACUUCGGAAAAUUCUUCUGCGAGUUUUGGACGGCUACGGAUGUUUUGUGUGUGACCGCUAGCAUCGAGACGUUGUGCGUGAUUGCCCUGGACCGGUACGUGGCAAUUAUGUGGCCUUUGCGCUAUCAGUCAAUGCUUACGAAGCGGAAGGCCUGUGGGGUGCUCCUAGGGGUGUGGGCAGUGGCCGCUCUCAUCUCUUUCCUGCCCAUCCACAUGGAGUGGUGGGUGUCAGAUGAACCUGAGGCACUGAGCUGCUUGGAGAACCUGACCUGCUGUGACUUCAACACUAACGCCGCCUAUGCCGUGACCUCCUCCAUUAUCUCCUUCUACAUCCCGUUGGUCAUCAUGGCGUUUGUGUACAGCCGGGUCUUCCAGGAAGCCCGUAGACAGCUUCAGAAAAUCGACCGCAUAGAAGGGCACAUACGCACACAGAGCUUCAGCACCCAGGAGGGAAAUGAGGUAAAGGACCGGAAGACCAAGUUCUGCAUGAAGGACCACAAAGCUCUGAAGACCUUAGGAAUCAUCAUGGGAACCUUCACCCUCUGCUGGCUCCCUUUUUUUGUGCUUAACGUGGUGGCAGCCAUCUGGAAGAUGGACAACAUCAUGCUGCCGUUCAGGAUCUUGAACUGGAUCGGCUACACCAACUCCGCCUUCAACCCUUUGAUCUACUGCAGGAGUCCUGAGUUUAGAUGCGCCUUUCAGGAGAUCCUGUGUUGAACUUCUCAACUACCUUCCACAAAGAAUAACAAGGGAUAUAACUACAGCAGCAACAUCUGGACACAAGUCAACAUAAAGACUACCAGACAACGAGAGCCCUCACCAGCUUGCGAAACUGAAAUGGGUGCUGACUGUUUAACUGCAGGUACCAAAAACAUUGUAAUAAAGCUGUGACAUCCAACUUUUGAACAUUUGAGAUCUUAACGUUCAUAGU